AUGCACUGGCGACAGAUGAGGGAUGAAACAGGUGCCUAUUUAAUCGACAGAGACCCCACCUACUUCGGGCCUGUGCUGAACUACCUGAGACACGGGAAGUUGGUCAUUAACAAAGACCUCGCAGAGGAAGGGGUACUGGAGGAAGCAGAGUUUUACAAUAUCACCUCACUAAUAAAACUUGUAAAGGACAAAAUUAGAGAGCGAGACAGCAAAACAUCACAGGUGCCAGUGAAGCACGUGUACCGCGUGCUACAGUGUCAGGAAGAGGAGCUCACGCAGAUGGUGUCCACCAUGUCUGACGGCUGGAAGUUUGAGCAGCUGGUCAGCAUCGGCUCCUCCUACAACUACGGGAGUGAGGACCAGGCUGAGUUCCUCUGCGUGGUCUCCAAGGAACUGCACAACUCCUCAUAUGGCACGACCAGUGAGCCCAGUGAGAAGGCCAAGAUUUUGCAAGAACGAGGUUCAAGGAUGUGAGGAUCACAGUGUUGACAGCUGAGGAAACGUACCUUUUCCUGAGAAGCAAUGAUCCGCUGUGUCGAGGAAGCUCGGCCGUGAGAAGAAACCUGCUUUUGACAAUUUCUCUAGAGAUCUGGGUGUGACUCCUUUUUUGCCUCUGAGGUGGGUGGUGAGAGACGGGACCAGCUGUCUGAGGACAGGCGUCCCCACUCAAAGGUGGCACGCUGCCCCAGUGGGCGUCUCCAUGGGGACCUCAGCUUGGCUUUCCCAAGUGCCACUCGGGCCUGAGGCAGGACGCUCCUGACUGACCCCUUUAAUCACCGAAGAUCAUUUAAAGGACAGCGUUCUUGGUGCUACAUAAACAGUCUGUAACGGAGCCCUGGCCUCGCUGGUAGUAAGUGGCCACAGUGCCGCAGCCCUGGGCUCUGGGUGUCUGCUAGUCGCCCUUGCACACACCAGGCCCUGGGCCCUGGGGCAGGGCGUCUGCUCUGCCUCCCAGAUGUGAUCGGUUGGGGCUUCUCCCAGCCUCCACGUGUUCACUACUUCCUGGGCCUCCUUUAGAGCUGGGCUUCCCUGGCCUGACUGGGCCUGGCACAGUCACAGCUUCUCCAUUUGUAAUUUUCGUGUGAGAAACCUUUGCAUCCUUUCUUUCCCAAUGUGGAUAGACUACCCAAUGCUUUUACUUCUUAGAAAUGCCUAAAAGGGCUGCUGCCUUUUGGGCUGAUCUGUUAAGUCAUUUAAAGGGAGGUACAAGUUUUGCCUCAUCCGACCCACCCGAGGGCUCGAGGGGAGCUGGCGCCCAUCAGUGCCUUGGUCUCGCCUGGGAUGGAGGUCGGGGUGGGAGGCCUGUCCACCUGGCUUCUGGAGCUGAAACUCCGGGUCAUGUUGAAAAUUGGAUGUUUACAGCGCAUCACAGACAUCUCUCUCUUGCCGGCUCUCUCGUUCUCUUUGUAUAACUAUGCAGUUCUCUCUGACACUUCUGGGGUGUUUGGGACUUCACACGCAGCCCGCAUGGGCUCUGCCCCCUGACAUGAUGUUGGAGCUACUAGGAUUCCUUUGAAAACCACUGUCCGCAUGCUUCGAGAACAGACCUGCCUCGGCCGGUCAUGGGGACUGUCAUUCUGGGGGAUCUGGCUCGGUGGGCGGCUCUCUGCUUCCUGACCUUCGGCUCCCAGGGGAGCUGUGCGCACCAACCGCUGGGGCCACCCCGCCUCAGGCCGAGGCCCCAGCACAUCAGGUUCAGAUGCUUUUGGAGGCUUCUCGCCUGUGCCCUCUCCUUCUUUGCCAAUAUUACCUGAUUAACCAAGUUCUCUAGCACCUAGGACUUACCUCCUCCUUUUUGUAAGGUCUGUUGUAUCUUGUUAAAUGUUUGGCUUCACCUGUUUAUAGCAACCUUUCUAUAGGGCACACUUAGCCCCUGGGGACCCGGCCUCCCCGAGGAGCCCACGGAGGUGGGCGGCCCUUCUUGGCCUCGGGGUGCACCUGUGGGGCGCUGCUGGCCGCUUAGCGUCGUUUGGUUUGUGACCUUGACAUAAUAGAUAGGCUUGUGGGUUUUUUUAAUUUAAAAAUAUUAAGACUUAAUUCACUAAAAUUUAUUCUAAGGGGAUAUUUAUACUUUUGUACUUUUUUAGGUAUCCGUAUUUUAUCAGCUUACAGUUUAAUGCCUAAGUUUCCCCUGAAAAUAGCUAAUAAAAUUGUGUAUUUAUGAAUGAG